ACAUGCUGCAAAGUGCAGAUAUACUAUGCUUUAGAUUUGUUAGACAAAGACUUCCGUUGCAGGCCACAGAUCUGCUGUAACUUCUUUCUCCCUGAAACUCCAUUCACAGAUAUCAAAGUGCGGUGCUGUGGAUCUCGCCCUAAUUUCGCGUUUGAGGCAAGAUGUUGCCAGUAUUCAUCCUAUUGCUGUUGGGUCGACUCGCAGAAAUCGGAAAAGCUCGGGAAUAUGUUCCGACGCCCAGCAUCACUGCUGAACCCACAUCUGCCACAGGGCUUCAAGGUGGCAUCAUGACCUUCAAGUGUAACACUGGCAUUGACGGGGAAAAGCGAGUUUAUUUAUUCAGAGGUUCUGAGAAAAUUUUCGAGGUUCUUUCCAUGUCGGAGCCGGUUGUAUUUUUCACACUUGCAAACCUAACCUGGAAAAGCGGAGGAAUGUACCGGUGUAUGUCGGAAAUUUCCCAACCCAAAAGAAAAAAAUCUCAGCCCAGUGACGCGUUACGAUUAACAAUGCUUGGCAUCCAAGCACCGCUAAGCAUAUUGCGCCCACCUGCAGCCGAAGUUUCUAAGGGCGGGAAUCUGAACAUGAUCUGCACAGCGAACGCGGGAGAUAAGUGCUUCUUCUCUACGUACAGAGAUAAUCGAUAUUCGCAAUUCCACCUGGGGAAAAGAAGGAACAAUACCAGCAUUUCAAUGCUGAACUUAACUCGUAGCGACGCCGGGAACUAUACCUGUUAUUGCCUGGUGGAAGUGAACGGUAUUUUUGCAUUCUCGGCCCCGAGUAACCUCAUGGAAUUGACGGUGAUUGAAAAUAUUCCGAAACCCAACAUCACUUUUGAACCCACGUCGGGCAUCGGACUUCAAGGAGGCGUCAUUCUCGUCAAGUGUGAAGUUCCCAUUGCCGGCGAGAAAUUGGUGUCUCUGUUAACAGGUUCCAAAAAGAUUUUCGAUAUUCUCUCCCUUGCGGAGCCGGCAGUAUUUUUCACACUUACCAAUCUGAGUUCUACAAGCGCAAGAAAUUAUCGAUGCAUGUACGAAAUGUUACUACCCAAGAAAAGCAAAUCGGGUCCAAGUGAUGAGAUUCAAUUAACGAUCCUUGAUGUCCAAGCACCGUUGAGCAUCUUACACCCAUCCUCAGUCAAGGUUACUGAAGGCAGCAAUCUCCACUUUACCUGCAUAGCCGACACGAAACAUAAAUGUUUCUUCUAUGAAUAUAGUGACGAAGAAUAUUCUCCAUACCAGCCGGCAGAAGAAAGGAACAAAACCACCAUUUCAAUGCCCAACCUAAGACAUUGCGACACCGGACAUUAUGCAUGCCAUUGCCUCGUGGAGGUGAACGGUAGUUUUGCAUUCUCGGCUCUGAGUAACCUCAUGACGUUGACUGUGAUUGAAGGCGACAAGGCCAUGUCUGAAAAAACUGAAACGGACGUCAGUCAUGGAGGCCUUCUGGUAAUAGCUAUGGCCGUUCCAGUGCUCCUAGGGCUUAUCGUGAUUUUUGCAGUACUGGCCAUCUGCCUGUCGAAAAAAGAUCCAGAUCAGCAUUAAAUGUCCACUCCAUUCCGAAUGCAACUAGAAAGCAUUUCAUUAUUUCUAGUGAAGACGUGCAUGGAGUAUUUGCGUAAUUGCAUAUUUGAUCGGCAAAUGCCACGCGAUACCGGAAAAAUGGCACCUGACUUCCGUUUGCAAGGUUGAAUUUCUUCAAACCUUCACACUAUGUCCUUCAAUACUGUCACAAUAUAAUUCAAGGCAAAAGAAAACAAGAUGAAAUUCUGAGAGGUUAAUCAACGCGACAACAAAUGCAAUGUUGGUGACAUCGUGACUUAGUUAACCGAUCAAUAUGCGCCGAUAUAUUCCUGUAAAAAAUAAAGUUGAGCAUAGUUUCACAGAAGCUAGAUCUAGGAAUAACCCACCAAGCUUUCUAAUGUCAAUAUCAGAGAAUGAAUGAACACACACCUACUGUUUUCGGUUCCACGUUGCAGAACUUCGGUUGUCAAAUGCCACACCAGAUGAUUAAAGACAAGCAGAGAUACAGCAAUUAACCCCUCUAUUAUGCUUGUUACAGUGAUCCCAUCUCAGUGCGUAUCAUUAUGCAAAAGAAACAUUUGCUAAAUUAUUUCUCAGAAUCGUACGCAUUCUUUUAUUUGAAUUGUUGGGUCACUGCUAUUUUAAUGUGGAAUAAGUGUUCAACAUAUCAAGUCACAGUAUACACGCUGCGUGUUUGUUAGACCAAUCAUUGCUCUGCGAGACUGAAAUAAACAUGCUGCUCGUGAGAUAACAUCGCAGUCCAGCAGCCCUUCGGCCCACCAAGACAAUACUGACCAUCAACCACCUAUUUACACCAAUCAUGUACUAAUCCCAUUUUUGAUCUCGACACAUUCUCGUCAACUCCCCACCAAGCUCCCCCACCCCCACCACUACGUUUCGACCACUCACCCACACACGCGGCAACAUACAGCGGCCAAUUGACCUCCAGACCCGCACGUCUUUGGGAUGUGGGAGGAAACCGGAGCACCUGGGAGAUGCCCACAGGUUUACAGGGAGAACGGGCAAACUCCACACAGGCAGCACCCUCCGCAGUUCGGGACUGAACCCAAAUCGCUGAAUCUGCGAGGCAGUGGCUCCACUAGCUGCGUCAUUAUACCUCUAAAUACCCCAGAGGCAUUAAUAUGUGUCAAACAAGGGUUCAGUUCAAACAAAGAAUAUCUGGGCAUUUCCCAUAAUAUCGUUUCUGUUAUUUUCCUUACUUCCUGGAAAGCCAUUCGGCCCACUAAUUCUAUGCCAUAUUUCAGAAUAAUCCCAUAAGUUCCAUUCAACCAUCCAUUUUCCCAUGAUUGAUUCUCUCUCGCAUGCUAACCAACUACUCCAAAUUAACAUAUCACCCACCUGUAGCGGGGUAAUUUAUAGUAACCAACAAUACGGACAAAUGGCGUACUUUAUGGCAUGUGUAACGAAACCGGAGCACCCUGGGAUAACCCACACAGUCACAGUGAGAACGUAUAAUCUCCACGCAGACAGCACCGGAGGUCGUAAUAGAACACGGUUGUCUGGGCAUUUGAGGCCGCUGUGCUAACUAUAUUGAUACGGAAUGCCCUGGGGGGACUUCAAUCAGUUUGGACGCCGAACGCAUCUGUGCAUAGAGAAAUUAGUUUUGAGAUGGCUGUUUGUCAGGAGUAUGUUCGUCCGCCACUUCCCACUGAAGGACAUCCUUUUUGUCCGUGCAUCAACGCAUUCACUGCCCAUCGUCCUACCCACUGUGACGUUACAGAACGUAAUGCGUUGCAGGUCGGAUCGGAGAAGAACUGGCUUCACUCUUCGUCCUCAAGUGAAAUCAAGGCCUUUGCUGAUCGACAUCAGCCGAGGAAAGAAACUCACUUCAUAUCCAGUGUAGUAGUUAGCAUAACGGUAUUACAGCAGCAGCGACCCGGGUUCAAUUCCAGCCGUUGUCUGAAAGGAAUUUGUCCGGUCUCCCCGUGUCUGCUUGGGUUUCCUCCGGGUGCUCCAGUUUCCUCCCGCAUUUCAGAAGACUUACGGGUUAGGAAGUUGCGGGCAUGCGAUAUUGGCGCGGGAAGCGUAGCGACACUUCGGGCUGCCCCCCCCCCCCCCCCAGAACCAUCUGCGCAAAAGAUGUAUUAAACUGUGUGUUUCAA